UGCCUUAAAAGCUAGUAUUGAUUACAGCGCGCCAUGACACGCUGUGCGGCGCAUGUGCCAAGGGGGUGGCGGAGAGUGCGCGGCGUGGAACGCGCGCGCUUCUGCAGAACAACUACCCCCGUUCAGGCCUAGGGAAAUCCACCCACGCGGAGGGAAGAUAUCUAGGGCUUUAAUUCGUUUAGUCGACGAAAUCAAAGUUAUCAUUCACAGAAUGAUGCAGAGGAGGUGUAUGCAUUGAAACAAGAUAAAUUAUGUUAUGCGUUACGCCUAGUUAGUUUACAAAGACGCUCUUGAUUAUCGUGCAGAACCUGCAGUGUCAGAGACGUUUGAAUUAAACCAGAAACGGGAACAAGCAACAUGCGGGUGGGAAUUGUGCAGGAUCAUUGAUGAAACCAAUUUGCUCCGAACUUUUCUUCUGGUAGAUUAAGUUUUAGGUUGUGUUUUUAUGUUUUGUUUUUUAUAGGCAACCGAUUGUACAAAAAACACUUCAGAAGAUGAUUUUGUGUUUAUAUGCUGUCCGAAAAUAGAAUUUUUGGUCAUUCAUGACCGCCAUUGAGCAUCAUCAAUCAACAAUCCGUGAAAAGGGUGAAGUGAUACAGUUCAUUAGCACACCUCGCCACUCGACCGGCGGGCGCUCGUCUCGAUUCAGAUAAAUGUGGAAAUGAAAAGUAGAAAAGGGGAAAACAGAGGUGGAAUAAAAAUGUGGGUUACGUCGCUUUCUUCUUGCGGUGGGCGCUAAGUAAUUGAAACCGUUUUACGUUGGGGUUCGCUCUCGAUGAAUAAACCAUCGACUUUUAUUCGCGCACGGAAACUCAUCGGCACGUUGCUUAAAUAAAAUCUCAAGAGAAUCUAUUACAAUUCUUUGUUUGCGUUUAAGACAAACACAAGAUUUUUCAUUUGAGGCCUGUAUUUAAACUUUAAUUUAAUGAAAAAGAAUCCUUUGUAGUUUUUAGUAGUGUAAUUUGAAGGUUAGAAAUAGUAGCUAUUCUUUUUCAUGAUGCGCAACUGGUGUCAUCAUUGAUCCAUUGGAAAUUGAAAGCAAUGUCAGUGUGAACAAUGUCAUUGUGUUCUUAUAUUCUUUGAGUGUCGUAUAUAAAAAGUAUAUACAACCUACAAAUACACCGUUGGGCCUGAUGUAAUCGAAACUAAAAAUAAAUUUCGCCGAGUCGCGCAUCCCUCGCGAGAAGAGAAGCGAGGCGGUGAGAAUCGCGUAAAACCGUGAUUCUGCCAAUCAUGACCGGGUAAACGUGCGCUGCGCGACUUUGCGUCGUCAAACCCUCUAUAAAAGGCCAACCGAGGCCCAGGAAGCGCUUCAGUUGAUCGCCAUUCGUGUUACACAUUCACACCUGAUGAAAUAUUAAAAUCAACAACUUAAAAUCUGUUAAACAAAAGUGAAUAAAAAUGAGUUCCGGUAAACCCUUGCUGGGUUUGUGGCUGUACCGCAGCGAAGAGGAUUGGAGUUACAAAGAGGACGUGCCCAUGCCAGCGGUCAGCACAAAGGUAAUCACUGAUUGCGCAAAGAAACUCAUUUCUCACUACAACGCUCACGCUUUGACUUUGACCACGGCACGCACCAUGAAGGCGGCUCCCAAACCUGCUGAUCCUAAGGCUCCACCCAAAUUGGAAAAGAUCUCCGUUAUAUUUACACUGAAGAACAAAGUUGGCGGAUUGGUACGGGCACUUCAGUGCUUUCAAGAUUUGGGAAUCAACGUAGCACACAUUGAAUCCAGACCAUCCAUCACCGAAGACAAUCAAGUUGAUUUCCUCGUAGAUGUAGAAUGCGAAGCAAAAAAAGUGGAACAACUCGGGAGACUACUACGUCGGGAAGUGGUCACUAUGGUCAUCGGGACCUAUGGAGAUGGAGAAAACGAUAAAAGUUUUCCACCACCUACACCAUUAUCGGCAGCUGCUAGUUUUGAUUUUGAUGAAAUGCCGUGGUUUCCCAAGAAGAUCUCUGACCUUGAUCAAGCACAGAAUGUCCUAAUGUACGGCAGCGAGCUGGACGCAGAUCAUCCCGGCUUCAAGGACCCAGUCUAUCGGAAGAGACGCGAACACUUUGCUCGCAUCGCACACAACUACAAACAGGGCCAGCCGAUUCCACGCGUGCAAUAUACCGAGAUGGAAACUAAAACCUGGGGUAUUGUCCUGAAUGAAUUGUACAAACUGUACCAGAAACACGCGUGUAAAGAAUUUUUGGAAAACUGGCCACAGUUGGUUAAGUAUUGCGGGUAUCGCGAGGAUAAUAUUCCGCAACUGCAAGAUGUUAACGCGUUUCAAAGAAAGACCGGUUUUCAAAUACGACCGGUUGCAGGAUAUUUAAGUCCGAGGGACUUUUUGUCUGGGCUCGCAUUCAGGUUGUUUCACUGCACCCAGUAUAUUAGACAUUCGUCGGAUCCAUUCUACACUCCUGAACCUGAUUGUUGUCAUGAGUUACUUGGUCACAUGCCCCUACUGGCAAAUCCUAGUUUUGCACAGUUUUCUCAAGAAUUGGGCCUCGCGUCUUUAGGAGCUUCUGACGCAGAUGUAGAAAAACUGGCCACGUUGUAUUUCUUUACGGUGGAGUUUGGUUUGUGUAAACAAGAUGGCGAACUACGUGUAUAUGGCGCUGGGUUAUUAAGUUCUGUUGCGGAACUACAACACGCGUUAGAAACGCCAGAGAAAAUCAAACGCUUCGAUCCAGAAGUGACAUGCCGAGAAGAGUGCAUUAUCACCGCGUAUCAAAACGCCUACUAUUAUACAGACACAUUUGACGAAGCCAAAGAAAAAAUGAGGACCUUCGCUGGAACGAUCCAACGUCCAUUUGGCAUUCGUUACAACCCAUACACGCAAAGCGUAGAAGUCCUAAGCAACGCCCAAAAAAUAACAGCUUUGGUUUCUGAGCUACGUGGAGAUUUGUGUAUCGUAAACGAUGCAUUAAAGAAAAUCUCCGCACGAGACUCAACACUGGACGUUGAUAAAAUAGCCAACUUGUUACAAGUAGGCCUCAAUACUACAGAUGGCGCUGAAAUGACAAAACCCGACGAGCUAUGCUAAUCUACCUAACCUCAUAACAUAACCUUCGAUGUGUAUUUCCCUGUAGUUGUUCCAAAAUAUUAGAAGUGUGUAAAAAGUA